AUGGCUGCGGCAGCUGUCGAGAACCCAGUGCCCGUCAACGCAGAUUCCAAGUCUGCUCGCAAGAAGAAAGCAAAGGCCGAGGCCACAAACGGCGCCAACCACAGUGCUACAGCUGUGCCAGAGGAGCCGUCCAAAGACAGUUCGAACAUGGCUGACAACGAUGCUUCGUCCGAGCAUGCAUACCUCAAGGAGCUGCAGAAGCAGAUCCGCAACGUCAACAAGAAGCUCUCGGCCAUGCAGAAGCUCGAUGCUAUACUUGCCGAGAAUCCUGGAGUAUCUCUCGACGACCUAGUCGCCCAACGCAAGAUCAACAUCGACCAGCGUGCCGCUGCUCAGAAGAAGCCUCAACUGCAAGCUCAGCUGGCCGAGCUAGAAGAGCGUCAGGAACAUUACCGCAAGUUCGAUGCAGACUACCAGACCAAGAUCGGCAAGCUGCGAGAGGAGCUUGCGUCUCAGCAUCAACAAGAGUUGGAGAAGGUGAGACAGGAGAUUCGGUCAGAGAGCGUCAAUACAUCAGAGAGCGAACUUCGGGAGAAGCUGCUAGUAUUCUCGCAGUUUCUGCGGGCUGCUGCUCACAAGCGCAACAUUGAAGAAGAAGCGGAUACGGACGAGAGUAGGGCAUUCGAGGGUACCCUGCUGCUGGUAUAUGGUGGCGAUCAGAAAGCCGUCGAUGCUGCAGUCAACCUCAUCGAGGGCACCCAGGAGCAGGUGCCUAGUAUCGACGGCAUUCCUCUGCCGGUCAAUUGUGAGUCAUAUCAAUCUUACCCUCACGCAACGCAUGUCGUUCACGAGGUCACGUGCUUAAUCGACAUGGAUGCUGACAUUGCGUGACACAGAUGCACACGUGAAGAAGGCUUCCGUCGAAUACGCUCCCUUCCAGACUGAGGAGGCCUGGGUUGAUCAGGUUGCCGAAGCUACGAGCGGCGAUGUCGGUUCAGAUCCAACGCUAGUGCAUGCCGGAUUGACCGAGAUGGGAACGCCGGCACAGAAUGGCACAUCGACCCAAGGCACUGCUGAUCCGGCAGCCAUUGCUCCAGUAUCGGCUGGGGACGUUGGCAACCUUGCUGGAGAGCGCUGGACUGCGGAUGCCAGUGGAGCAUCUGCUGGUGCCGAGAAUGGUGGUCUCGAGGAAAGCUACGAGGUGAUCCCUCGUCCUUCGGAGGAGGUUGACGUGCCCGUCGCUGCAGCCCCGCCACAGCAGCAGCCGCAGAGCACAAGCUGGGCGGAUGAGCCGCCUUCCUACGAAACAGCUGCAGGUACUGGUAACUUGGCAGGUGAGGGCUGGGAUAUUAAGGUGGCCGGCGAGGAGAAGGACAAGGGCUGGGGCGCUGAGCCUGCUUCUGCUAACGGCUGGGCUGAUGUGUCUGCCGGCACUGGAUCUACGCGCGCAGCAGAUGAUGGUUUCCAUCAAGUGGAAGAUCGUCACCGUGGACGAGGUGGUCGCCCGCGUGGUGAUGGCGAGUUUCGCGGACGUGGAGGUCGUCGAGGCGAAUUCCGUGGAGGAUUCCGAGGCGGUCGCGGUCGUGGUGACGGAGAAUUCCGAGGCGGUCGCGGCGGCGGCGGACGUGGUCGUGGACCUCGCGGAGGCGGUGAAGCUGGUGCUGGGCGCUCGUAG